AUGGACUUCGAGGGAGUUUCGCCCCGGGAUCUCCUCCGUCGGAUGGACGCCUUGGAAGCCAACAAUGUUGCCCUAUCGACGGAAAAUGCUGCGCUGCGGAGGCGGGUUGAUACCAUGGAGACACAAAUGGAAGCCUUGGAAGCAAGAGCCGAGGAUUUGACGAUGAAAGUGGCGGUCUUACGAGAAUCGAAAUGGCAGCCGUCCUCACAGCGAGUAUUCGCCACCCUGGAGCUCAUCGAGCAGAUACUUCUUCUGGUCCCCGCGAAACAGCUCUUCAGCCUGCAAAGAGUCUCUAGAGUCUUUCAACAUGCGAUCACCGGUCUGUCGUCGCUCCAAACGCCCAUGUUCCAGAAUGCCAAGGACAAGGUUCUGCCUAGCCCACAGCUACCCAUGCGCCGAGAAUUGAGCCCGGCACUAGCCUUGAACCCUUUUCUGAAUGAACUGAAAGGUCAAUGGAGAUCGUCUGCGGGCCAUGGCGGCGACUAUAGUGGAAUCGAUCUGAAAUUGUUUCCUUCGAAGUGGCAAGAUGCUUCUUACUGGGUGUAUGACGACCUCGCUGCCAGUUUCUCGGUCCGCAUCGGCAGCGUGCAGGAUACCAGAGCGGCAAUAAACGCCCUAAGCACCUCGCUUGGCAGGACAUACAUGACGAGUCCAGCUUUGCCCACGUCGAUCCGGGUCAACUUUGUGGAUGCCUUGCGGAUUCGAGAUCGCAGAGAGUAUGAACGUGCUUGCAAGCUGCCCUCGUCCUGCCCGCCGAAUGUGACGGCGAUUGUUGAGGUCUGGCCGGCAACACUCUUGCACAUGUUGAAAGUUGCGGACAUCCUGGAGAGAUACUAUCGUGCAGGCGAGAAGGAAUGGAUACGCCAUGAGGUGGACCAGAUCUGGACGCCGAAGUCUGCCGCGGAAGUAGAGCGGACGUUACUGACUGUCGUGAGGACCAGACCGACGUAUUCAGGCUGGACCACGGAAGGUCCAUAUCGUCCUUGA